AUGAAGGUCAUUGAAAACAGGGCCAUGAAGGAUGAGGAGAAGAUGGAGCUCCAGGAAAUGCAGCUGAAGGAGGCAAAACACAUAGCGGAGGAGGCUGACCGCAAAUACGAGGAGGUUGCCCGCAAGCUGGUUGUCCUUGAGGGAGAGCUGGAGCGCUCAGAGGAGAGGGCAGAGGUGGCAGAGAGCCGAGUGAGACAGUUGGAAGAAGAACUGCGGACCAUGGACCAGACUCUCAAAUCCCUCAUUGCCUCAGAGGAAGAG